CCUGAAUAGUUGCUGUUUCAUGAGCUAUGACUGUAACAACAGGAAAGAACUCAAAGGAGUUUUACAGUACAGUCCAAGUGGCAGUGGCUGCACAGUGGUGAUGUCCCCUUGAACAGGGGCGGCUCCCAAGGCCACUCCUCAAGACCAAGAGAUCCCUUGCCUGGCAUCUGAAAUCUACAGCAAGCUUGAAAACGCUUUGAUACUGCUGAAUGGCCGAGUUGCUUUGCUCUCUACUUCCUGGAGGAGCAAAAAAUAGGCAUCUGGUUUAACUGAAGGCCCAGUUAUGAAGAAGGAAAACAGGUGCAUAGAAGAGUUGCAAGCUGAUGGAGUUAGAAACCAUGUGCAAAAAAAAAAGUCUUUGCAAUGAGUUACCCAGGCUAUCCCCCAGCAGGUGGAUACCCUCCAGCUGCCCCAGGUAGCAGUCCUUGGGGUGGUGCUGCCUAUCCACCUGCAAAUCCACCUCCAAUUGGUCUGGAAAAUGUGGCUGGCUAUGCCAACCAGUUCAAUCCCAGCCACAUGGCUGGAAUGGCAUCCAACCUGGCAGGAACCUUUGGAGGGGCAAAUCUUCCACAAAGCAUGUAUCCUUCUGCACCUGGGGGUUAUCCACCAGUUCCUCCAGGUGGUUUUGGGCAACCCCCACCAGGACAGCAGCCCUCGUACGGAGGGUACCCUCCGCCUGGAGGAAAUCCCCCCUCCGGAAUGCCAUCUUACCCAGGAUACGGGGGCGGCCCUGUGCCAGGCCAGCCCACACCGCCUCCUGCCCAGCAGCCCAUGAGCUAUCCAGGCCUUCCAGCAACUCACCCAGGGCAGCAGCCCAUGCCAAGCUAUCCAGCAGGUCCAGCUGUGAACCCGUCUAUGCCUUCCUACUCAGGAGCUACAGGGCCUGCAGUCACUCCUGUAACACACGGAAACCGAGGUACGAUCACUGAUGCACCGGGCUUUGACCCUCUGAAGGAUGCAGAAGUCUUAAGGAAGGCCAUGAAAGGAUUCGGAACUGAUGAGCAGGCAAUCAUCGAUUGUCUUGGAAGUCGUUCAAACAAGCAGCGGCAGCAGAUAAUCCUGUCCUUCAAAACAGCUUAUGGAAAGGAUUUGAUCAAGGAUCUCAAAUCUGAGCUCUCAGGUAACUUUGAGAGGACCAUCUUGGCAAUGAUGAAGACACCUGUCAUGUUUGAUGCUUAUGAAAUCAAGGAAGCUAUAAAGGGUGUUGGCACAGAUGAAAAUUGUCUCAUUGAAAUCUUAGCUUCCCGCAGUAAUGAGCACAUUCAGGAGCUCAACAGGGUCUAUAAAGCAGAAUAUAAGAAAACCCUGGAGGAAGCAAUAAAAAGUGACACAUCUGGGCACUUUCAGAGGCUUUUAAUUUCACUUGCUCAGGGAAACAGAGAUGAAAGUACAAAUGUUGACAUGUCUGUUGUCCAAAGAGAUGUACAGGAGUUGUAUGCAGCUGGAGAGAACCGUCUAGGAACUGAUGAAUCCAAGUUCAAUGCCAUUCUGUGUGCCAGAAGCAGGGCCCACCUUAGAGCAGUCUUCAGUGAGUACCAGAGGAUGUGUAACCGGGACAUCGAAAGCAGCAUAUGCCGUGAGAUGUCUGGAGACCUGGAGAUGGGCAUGCUGGCAGUAGUGAAGUGUCUCAAGAACACACCAGCUUUUUUUGCAGAGAGAUUACAUAAAGCAAUGAAGGGAGCAGGAACCAAGGACAGGACGCUGAUCCGCAUCAUGGUAUCGCGCAGCGAGGUUGACCUGCUGGACGUACGUGCAGAGUACAAGCGGAUGUAUGGCAGAUCCCUCUACUCAGACAUCACUGGUGAUACUUCAGGAGACUACCGGAAAAUCCUACUCAAGUUGUGUGGCGGAAAUGACUAAAUGGAGCAUUGAGUUUUUCUUAAAAAAGCUGCUGCAGAGCAUCUUUUUUUCUCCAUAAGUAAAUACGUAAACCUGUAAAACCUGUUUCUUCUAAAGCAGUUGCAUUUUAAAAGAUAAUACUACAUAUAUCUUCAGUUCAAAAGUAGUAGGUAAUAAAUGCCAAGGCCCCCAAAAUACCGAGCUUAUGUGCCAUCUGCUCAGGAUUCUGUGUAGUACACUCAGCAAUACAUGGUCAUUAUUUCUCUUCUGCUUAUAUCAUGUUGAAAUAAUGUUUGAUUAACAACAAUCACAAUUGUAUGAUUUUAAGGUGUUCUUUUGUAUAAACAUUGAGUGCCAUUUUAAUGCAAGUUUUAUAUCUGUUGUAUGCAGAGUUGGUUUUGGGCUACCACUUCCUGAUAUGUGGAAAUAGCAGCCUCGAGGUUUUGUGUCUAGUUAAGGCUGCUUUAAAGAAGUUUUGUCCAGUUCUGUUUCUUUACCUUGAUUGUUUUCAAGGAAGUUAUGUUCUACAUUUCAUUCUUGCUAAGGCAGACUGUCACAAGGCAGGAGUAAUGUUGACAGUAGUAAAGAUUCUGUCAUUAAUGUUUCAAGGUUUGGGAUUGUGCCUUAAAUAUAUAUAUAUAUAUAUAUAUGUAAGAAGAGAUUAUGAAAUUAAAGCUAAGUCUUUGCAGACUGCCUUUUGAUGUCA